AUGAGUGAUCCCGAAAUGGACGUUACGACGGUGUUUGCGAGGAACCCGCGCGGUUCGUUGUACUUUUUCGACGACUUCACGUUGUUCAACUCGACUUUCGCCAACAACGACGACGACGAUGACGACGACGACGUCGACGAAACGGAAGACACCGAAUGCUCCGAAGACGCGUGGCCGCCCUCGGCGUCGGCGUCGCGCGAAUGCAUGUAUUGCGGGUUGCGCGUCGUCGGUGCGGCAGUCAUGUGCUUGGUGUGCGGCAAAUGGUUUUGCAACGGCCGCAACCGGACGGCCGGGUCGCACAUCGUCCACCACCUGGUCCGGUCCAAGCACAAGCAAGUGAUGACCCACCUGGCCGGGCCGCUGGGCCGUUUACCGUUGGAGUGUUACGAGUGCAAGUCGAAGAACGUGUUCCGGCUGGGGUUCGUCACGGUCAAGGGCGCGGCCGCGGUAGUGCUCAAGUGCCGGGGCGCGUGCACGGACAAAAAGGACCGGUACAAAUGGCGGCCAGUCAUCGAGGACCAUAAGCUGGUGCAGUGGAUCGCCGUCUCGCCGACGCCCGAACAAAUGAGGGCGGCACGGCCGGUGGCCAUGGCCGAUGUGGUCAGCAUGGAGGAGGCGUGGAAUAGGGAGAACGAGGCCGCCAUGGACUUGGGAGCCGCCACCGCCGCCGCGGCCAUCGCCGAGAUGCGUCAAAUAGCCAAAGUGAAAGCCGCGUACGCCGACGGUUGCGAGUAUUUGGGGGUGUUCGAGCCGCUGGUCCAGCUGGAGGCGGACUGCGACAAACUCCUCAAGGAAGGGCAGCACCUCAAGUGCGUGUUGGAGUCCGAAAUGACGUCGGCGACCAACGGCAAAACCGUUAUCCGUCUGCGGUCGGUACCCAACGACAUCCAGCUGCGGAUGUGCAUCGGCGAAGAACUUUGGUUGCAGCAUUCGGCCGGCGACCGACGCGGCACCAUCAUCCAACUAUCCGACAGCUACGAGCGGAUGAUCACCAUGGAAACCAAGGCCCCCGUCAAUUGGCCGGUCGGCACCGAGCUGAUGGUCCGGCCGGUCUGGAAAAGGGUGCCGUUCGACCGCAUGUUGUACGCGUUAAAGAAGUUCGCCUACCGUCCCAACAGCGUGUCGCCCGAAAUACGGUCUGCGUUAUUGGGACGUGCACGACACAGAAAGCCAUCACCGCCGCCGGUCGCCGGUAACUUGAGAGCACCGGGUCUGCCCGAACUGAAUGGUCCGCAAACGAACGCCAUCCGGCACGCACUCGGCCAGUGCGUUUCGCUGGUACACGGGCCGCCGGGCACGGGCAAGACCGUCACGUGCGCCACCAUCGUGUACCACCUGGCCAAGCUGGGCUCGGUGUUGGUGUGCGCGCCGUCCAACACGGCGGCCGACCAUCUGACCGCGGUGAUCGCCAAAACGGGCGUGCGGGUGGUCAGGAUGAUAACUCCGUCGCUGGAAGCUUUCGACAGUGACGUGUCCCUACUGUGCGUGCACAACAAGAUUAUCGAGAUGGAAGGAAACGACUUGCUGAAGGACUUGCAAAAGAUCAAGAACGGCGAGUCGACGACCGGAAUCGGAUUGAGCAAAUACGAAGAAAAGACGUACCGGGAGCUCAAGAUGGCGGCCGAGAUCAUUUGCAUGAAGAAGUCGCAAGUGGUGUGUACCACGUGCUCGGCCGCCGGCGACUCGCGGUUGGAGGGCUUUUCGUUCCGGUCGGUAGUGGUCGACGAGAGCGUGCAAGCCACCGAACCCGAGUGCAUGAUACCCGUGGUGCGAGGCGCCCGGCAGCUGGUGCUCAUCGGCGACCAGUGUCAGCUUGGUCCGGUGAUCGUCAGCAAGAAGGCGUGCAAAGCCGGCCUGAACCAGUCGCUGUUCGAGCGGCUCAUCCGGUUGGGCGUGCGUCCCGCCCGACUGGAGAUCCAGUACCGCAUGCACCCGGAACUGUCCAAGUUCCCGUCCAGCUACUUCUACGACGGUUCGCUGCAGAACGGCGUGCGCGCCGACGAGCGGUCGCUGCCCUCCAACAUCAGGUUCCCGUGGCCGAAUCCCGACAAGCCGCUCAUGUUCUACGCAUCGACGGGCGCCGAAGAGCUGUCGCCGUCCGGCACGUCGUACCUGAACCGCUGGGAGGCGGACUACGUGGAGCGCAUAGCGGCGGCGUUCCUGGCCGGCGGACUGGAGCCCGAGCAGAUCGGAAUCAUCACGCCGUACGAAGGCCAGCGCACGUACUUGGCGCAAACGAUGAUGUCGUCAAACCACAAGCACCCGCUGGCCGCGUCCAAGUACGUCCGCGUGGAGAUCGCCAGCGUCGACUCGUUCCAGGGUCGCGAGAAAGACCUGAUCAUCGUGUCGUGCGUCAGGUCCAACGAGAACCAGGGCGUGGGCUUUCUCAAUGACCCGCGGCGCAUGAACGUGGCGCUGACCCGGGCCAAGUACGGGCUGGUGUUGGUGGGCAACCCGCACAUCCUGUGCAAGCACCCGAUGUGGCACAGCCUGUUGUGUUACUAUAGCGACAACGGUGCGCUGGUCGAGGGCCCACUGAACAACAUGAGUCCGGCCAACGUCAGGCUGACCGCUAAGGCAGAACCGGCCGACCGGCGCGCGCAGUCCGACGCGCUCCGUCGUAACCGGCCCAAACCGGUGCGGAGGACGCCCCAGAUAAUGGGCGUGCCCGAGUCCAUGAUUUUCGCUCAUACUCCUAGACCGAUUGGAUGA